AUGUCGCGCACAAAGAGAUUUACAGCAAGAAAAAGUUCAACAACAUCAUCUACUCCUCCAAUCCUAGAAACUCAAAAUGUGCAGUCCAAUGUUGCCAUACAAAAUGUAGGCCAAGAAGAUCAAGUUCAUUCUCCAUCCCAAGAACCAGCUGAUGUACCACUUGAAGUACAACGGGUUAAGAGAGCAUAUGAUAGAGGAAGGAAAUCCGAGGAAAGAUUGAGGAUCAAGGAUGUUUUGGUACUGCCGGAACACAAGAAGGUUUUGGUACAAUGGUCUGAAGAUGGUCAACCUGUUGGGGAUGGUUCUUCACUUUUGAAUGGCUUUUUGGGACAUCUUAAAAAGUUUUACCUUUGCACUGAUGACGAGCACGACUAUUGUAUGGGAAAUAUAGGUAAAAAGUGGAAGGAUAAUAGGCACAGGUUGUGUGUUGAUUUUAUUGACAAAAACAAAACUUUUGAGGAAAACCUAGAAAAUUAUCCAGACGGUACGACUAGAGAGCAGUGGGCUGGUUUUUUGACUUAUAAGACAAGUGAGAAAGCACAGGACGAAUUACUAGAAGAAAUUCAAGAUGUAUCUUAUGAAGAUGAAGCCUUUGAACUUGUGUUUGGGAAGGAGCACUCAGGUCGCGUUAGAGGAAUGGGGUUUGGGGUGGUUGCAUCUUAA